AUCCGGGGAGUCGGUAAAGCUUCUUCAAAGAUGGCGGAUACUCUGGCAAAUCUGGAGAAUUUGAAGAAGAUGAAGGUUGCUGAUUUGAAGAAGGAACUAGCAAAACUUGGUUUGUCUACGAAAGGUUUGAAGCCAGAGUUGCUUCAGCGUCUUGAACAACACAUGCAUGAGCAAGCUGAAGAAGAUGCAUUGAUUGGAAAUGGCGCAAACGAUGAAUUGAAUGGAGAGGCCGGAGGAGAUGAUGCAGGUGAUGAUAAUGAAGAAACUGGUGUAUUACAAGACAAGGACAGUGGAGAUCAUUCUCUGCAGGGUAGCAAAUCAGUAACGCAUGUGUCGACAGAAACUGCAGGUGUAGUGACAGCUGAAGAGAGGCGUUUGGCAAGAGCCAAAAGGUUUGGAGGAGAUAUAAGUACAAAAGAUAAGAAAGUUGCCAGAGCAAUCAGGUUUGGAAUUAGCCAAGCUGCUGGUGGUAAUACAUUGUUACCAGACAAAAUGAAGCAGAGAGCAGAAAGGUUUGGUACUGAAAACAAGAGCUCUAGUGUAGCACAGUCUAAUGUAGACGAGCGAAUUAAGAAGCGUCAAGAGCGAUUUGGAAUUGUUGUUAGUUCUGUAAAAUCCUCAGCAUCAAAAUACAAAAUUGACAACAGCAACAAGUUGAAGCGUCGGCUAGAAAAGUUUGGUUCUGUUGGUAGUGUAGGGAGUCCUGAGCUAGAGGCAAAGAAAAAGAAACGAGCUGAAAGGUUUGGGAAUUUGUAGGUUAUCAGAUGAACUGAUGUAUCUAGUACAGUAGUAGUUACAUGUAACCUUUUACUGCUGCUGCACAGUAGUUACUAGUACCACAAGCAUAAACUACUCUACUAGCAGUUAAAUCAUGUGAUGGUAUGAUAUUUGCUUUGCGUAAUGCUACUUUAGGUGAUGUCUUUUCAUCACACAUGUUUCAUUUU